AUGGAUCUGGGGUAUCGGAACCUGCUGGCACCGGAUGGGCGGUCCUUGAUCCCUCCAAGUGACUUUCGGUCCCCGCAACUGCCACGGCCUUCGCCGAUUGUCAAUGACCCUCACAGAUCCUCCGAAACGGGCCAGAUGAACAAGGUCCUGCCAGUCACCGGCAAACGCCGUGGCGGCUGCCGCAAGGCUUGUAAUGAGUGCAAGCAGCAAAAGGUGCGGACACGAAUAUUUACCUCCAGCAGUGUCGCGAAGAGAUGUGCCGAUGGACGUGUCCAGUUUGUACCGCCCGGGUCGCGGAGGCCCUCUGAUGUGCUUGGCGAGCCGCUCGUCUUGUCGAAACGCAAUGCGGAAAUGGAAAAGGAGAUUGCGGAUCUCCGUCGCCGUCUGUCAAGCCAGCCAGAGUACCCCCCAGCAAGAGAGAGUCAGGAAGCCGACGAUGUGUCCCAGUCAUCAGAAGAGGCUUAUAGGCAUCAGGAUCCAGGCGACAUGGAGCGCUCACGGCCAGUCUCAGUCCUGGCCGAACAGCCUCCAUCGAUGGGAACUCCAUUGGCCAUGAAGAGAGAUGGCUCGAUCAUGUCACAAGACGAAAAUACACCCUGGCGUUUGGAAGACAUUACGCUCUCUCGUGCUCGAGUUGCACGAUUAUUUGAACACUAUUUUAAUUAUUACCAUCCAUUUCUGCCUCUUCUCAACCUACCCAAACCCCCCGAAGUCUAUCUUAGUCGAUGUCCUUUAUUGGCGUGGACGAUCAUCUGUGUGGCCUGUCGUCGGUCACCGUCUGAUCCGGGUUUGUUGACGGCGCUCUCAGGGCCGUUCAGUCGCUUGUUAUGGUCCACCAUCACCGGUGUGCCCCAGGAUUAUCGGGUAGUCAAGGCGCUUUGUGUAUUGUGCACUUGGCCCUUGCCUACGACGAGUCAACGAACGGAUGCAACAUUCAUGCUGAGUGGACUGAUGAUGCAGAUUGCCAUGCAGCUGGGGAUGCAUCGGCCUGUGCAAGCGGAAGAAUUCACCACGUUUCGGAUCGAGGCUCAAGGGGCCGCGCUGAAAGACAGGUUGCACACCUGGGUGAUCUGUAAUAUCGUAGCGCAAAACGUGGCUACGGGUUAUGGACAACCUCCGAGCACCAUUUACGAUUGGGCUCUUGAGCCUCCGUCAUUGAAAGAUGCUGACUAUCAUCUGUCUGAAAAUUUGGUGAUUCGGCUUCGCAUCGAGAAGUUUUGUGACCGGGUCACGAAAUCCUUGUACUGUAGCAAGCCCGAACCAGCCGAGUAUGUCAGUGCAGAGAAGCUUGUGAUUGUGCAGAUCCUCGAAAGUGAAUUGAGAGACAUGGAGGUUCAAUUCGGCCAGGAGAUAUCAGCCAUCAACAUGAUCCACCUUCGCGCAGCUGAACUGCACCUCCGGUACUUUGUUUUCCUGAGCUCCAACCCUCGGAGUGAUGAUUUGACCAAGCUCUUCAUUGCAACGACAUCUUUUCUAGGUCGUGUACUUGAUCUCGAAACCUCACCUGGCGAAUUGAUUGGCCACUCGACCAACUACAUUCUCCAGAUGAUCGUGUCCGCUGCCUUUGCUCUGAUGAAACUCUUGAAGAGUGACUUUAGCCGCCACAUCGACUUCAGCCAUGGCAAGCUCUUAUUCAAUGGCGCGAUCUCCGCCAUCCGUCGCAUCAGUGUCAUGGAUCACGAUCGUCCGAUUCGCUUGGCAGAUAUUCUUGCUCAAAUGUGGAAUGCCACGAGCCCCGUUGCGGCCGACGAGGAUGGGCUACAGCUGAAAGUGCGCUGCCGCAUGAGUAUGAGCCACGUCUACGAUACCGUGUGGCGAUGGCGGCAACGGUUUCGACCCGGCAAGACGGUCGAAGAAAUUCAAGCGGCUGCAGCGGCGGCCAAUCAACCUAUGUCCACCUCCACCCAUGGUAUAUUGCCCGCUGAGGCUGCGCUGGAUAAUUCUGCUUUGGUGCUUCCGGCCCAGUUCGACGAGAGCGGUGCGUUCUUCAGCGAAGCUGGAUUUUCCGAAGUGUUUGAUUCUUUGAAUUGGGUUUUUGAUGGCAUUCCCGAGUCUUCAUUUGUCGCGCCCAUCAUGUGA